CUCCUCUCCACCAGCCACUGUCAUCUCCUCUCCACCAGCCACUGUCAUCUCCUCUCCACCAGCCACUGCCAACCUCCACCCUUCUGUCAUCUCUUCUCCAUUAUCCACUGUUCAACCUGCUGUUCAACCUGCUGUUACCACCUCCCCACCUACUUCCACCUCUUCUCUACCAGUUCCAGUCACAUCCUCUCCACCUCCUGUCAUCUCCUCUCCACCUUCUGGAACCAUCUUUGCUCAAACAUCUGUCUCCUCCUUAGAAAAAUGUGUGAAAGAGGCUUGGGAAGGAAAAAAUGUUCAUGUCCUUCUGUCAAAAAUUGGACCAUACAAAUUGUUUUAUUGGGACAUCGCCAACCUAGCACCCAAUCAACAGGUUGAAAGUGAGGUGAUCAAUGCUUAUCUGAAGCAUAUUGUUCACAAGAAAAAUCAAGAACAUGGAGGCAAACAGGCACUAUACAUUGAUUCUUUUGAAAUGACUGGUAUGUGGCAGGGGAAGAACACAAAACUGAAGUGUGACCCCAAUAACUUUCAAGUGAUUCUGGGAGCUGUAAACGAGCCAAACCACUGGAUACUGACAGCAUUUUUUCCACAACAAAAAAGGAGUUUGGUGCUUGAUUCUCUUGGAAACGCCUCCACAAAAUUAGUCACAUGUGAAAGGACAGCAAGAGCAUUCAUGAGAAAGCGAGGGUGUGAGGUGUCCACAUGGACAACAGAAACGGUUCCUCAUGCAUUACAGACAGAUGCUGUGUCAUGUGGAGUGUUUGUGCUGAAAUACGCUGAGAAUAUUCUGGCAGAGGAGCCACUGACAUUUACUAAUUCAAAAUCAGCUGUUCAGACUUACAGAUGGGAGGUGGCAAUGACUUUGCUCAAGGAGACAGAUAAUCUCGAAGAUGUGUGCCACUACUGUGGAGAAAAAAGUGGAGAAACAGAAAAAAGCAAACGUGGGAAAAAAAAGAAAGGGCAAGCAUGCAAUACUGUCUGGUUACCCAACCCACUCAUUAGGACUCCCCCUAAUACUAGUGAUGCCCCAACACACCAGGAGGAUGAAGACCAACCCCCCCCUUUCUCUGACAGGUGAAGUCAGACUCUGCCUAUUUUUGAACAGCUGCUGAUGCAGCAUUGCCAAGUAGCAUCAUCAGCUCACAGACGCCUUGUGCUGAUCGAAAUCAUCCUUUGGAGUGAUGAGGGGAAAGAGUGCCAUGUACCCACCCAGAGAGAGCAAGGCCAAUUUUGCUGCCUGAGGGUUCCGGUAGCUAAUGGCAACUACAUAAACAGGAUUUGAACCGGCGAGCUCCUGGUCAUAGAGGCAGUGCAAAGCCUGCUGGACCACUCGGAGGCCAUCACUAUGUUUUGUUUUGACAGAAAGGUUUGUGUUUAUGUGUAUGUAUCUUUUGCAUGUUUUCCCAUUAUUUGAGCUUGAUUAUUAUGUAGACUUUGCAAUAAAUAAGUAUUUUCAA